AUGAAGUACAUCGUCGUCAGCGGAGGUGUCAUCUCGGGCAUCGGCAAGGGCGUCAUCGCCUCGUCCACCGGCCUGCUCCUCAAGACGCUCGGCCUCCGUGUCACCGCAAUCAAGGUCGACCCUUACAUGAACAUCGAUGCCGGCACCAUGUCGCCUACCGAGCACGGUGAGGUCUACGUCCUCGACGACGGCGGAGAAGCCGAUCUCGACCUCGGCAACUACGAGCGCUACCUCGACGUCACCCUCAGCCGCGACAACAACAUCACCACCGGAAAGAUCUACAGGGAGGUCAUCGAGAAGGAGCGCAAGGGCGACUACCUCGGCAAGACCGUCCAGAUCGUGCCCCACCUCACCAACGCCAUCCAGGACUGGAUCGAGCGCGUCGCUCAGCGUCCCGUCGAUGGCAGCGGAGAGUCGCCCGAGGUCUGCAUCAUCGAGCUCGGCGGUACCGUCGGUGACAUCGAGUCCGCCCCCUUCGUCGAGGCCAUGCGUCAGUUCCAGUUCCGCGUGGGCCACGACAACUUUGCCCUCAUCCACGUCAGUCUCGUCCCCGUCAUCGGCGGCGAGCAGAAGACCAAGCCCACCCAGGCCGCCAUCCGCGACCUGCGCGGCCUCGGUCUCGUGCCCGACAUGAUUGCCGCCCGCUGCCCCGUCCCGCUCGAGCCCGCCGUCAUCAACAAGCUCUCCAUGUUCUGCCACGUCGGCCCCGAGCAGGUCAUGGCCGUGCACGACGUCUCGUCCACCUACCACGUGCCCCUCCUCCUCGAGGAGCAAGGCAUGGUUCGCUUCUUCCAGAAGCGUCUCGGCCUCGACGUCAACGGCAGCAUCCCACGCCCCAUGAAGGAGCAGGGCCGCGAGCUCAGGACGCGCUGGCGCGACCUCACCGUCGGCCACGACCGCAUGAUCGACAAGGUCGAGAUCGUACUCGUCGGCAAGUACACCUCGCUGCACGACUCCUACAUGUCCGUCGUCAAGUCGCUCGAGCACGCCGCACUUCGAUGCCACCGCAAGCUCGAGCUCAAGUGGGUCGAGUCCAGCGACCUUGAGCCCGCCGCUGAGAGCGACAACCCCGUCAAGUACCACCAGGCCUGGCAGGCGCUCUGCUCCGCCAAGGGUAUCCUCGUCCCCGGUGGCUUCGGCACCCGCGGCACCGAGGGCAUGAUCAGCGCCGCCCGCUGGGCGCGAGAGAAGAAGGUGCCCUACCUCGGCAUCUGCCUCGGUUUCCAGAUCGCGGUCAUCGAGUACGUGCGCAACGUGCUCGGCAUUGAGACCGCCGGCUCGGCGGAGCUCGACGCCGACUGCAAGGACCCCGUCAUCAUCUAUAUGCCCGAGAUCAGCAAGACCCACCUCGGCGGCACCAUGCGUCUCGGUCUGCGACCCUCCAUCUUCCAGAAGGGCACCGAGGAGUGGAGCAAGAUCCACCAGCUCUACGGCGGCCAGCCCGUCGUUUGGGAGCGCCACCGCCACCGAUACGAGGUCAACCCUGAGUACGUGGAGCGCAUCGAGAGUGCGGCCUCCAACCCCUCGCUCGCCGCCAAGGCCGCGCCUCAGAAGGUUCCGGCCACCUCGCCGCCGCUGCCCUCGUUCACCUCGCCGCGGCUCGGCUACCCGUCUGCCGCCGAGGCUGAGCCGGCGGGCAUCGACGAGCUCAAGUUUGUCGGCAGGGACGAGAAGGGCGAGCGCAUGCAGAUCGCCGAGCUGCGCAACCACCCGUACUUUGUCGGCAUGCAGGCGCAUCCCGAGUUCUGCUCGCGUCCCCUCAACCCUUCGCCGCCCUUCCUCGGCUUCAUCGCCGCCUCGGCAGGUCUGCUCGACGAGCAGCUGGCCGUGCAGAAGAACUACGUCCCGCCCCACCCCAAGAGCCACAUGAUCUCCGAGUCCGAGAUGAUCAAGCGCAGGGAUGCCGGCGAGACCGACGACAAGCCCGCCACUACCCCACCCGGCGCCGCUACGCCUACCCGCAGCCUUAGCCUCAACAAGGGCACCUCCAAACCCGAUCUCGCCGUCGCUGCUCGCAUUGCCGCUGCCGAGAAGGCCAACAGCGCCGCCACCGAUGCGUGA